CAUCAUGUAGGUGCAGCAGAGCCUUCCCUACCAUUGCAAGCAGGGGGGGAGGAAAACCCCCCACUUUGCAAGCUGCCCUGCAAAGUGUGCAAUUGCACGGCCCCCCGCUGCAAGGAGACCUGCUGCAGCAAGUCAGGAAAACUCCAGUUGCAUGAAGAUUGAGCGCUUGCAGUUUGCAUCUUUGUUGCAAAACUAGCUCCAGAAGAGAGGCAAGGCAAAGUCUUUUGUGCUCCCCUCCCCCAUCAAAGCAAAGGGGAAAAUGUCUCAGUCGAGAGGCAAGAAGAGAAACCCUGGGCUGAAAAUUCCUAAAGAAGCAUUUGAGCAACCACAGACAAGCUCCACGCCACCCAGAGAUCUAGACUCCAAAGCCUGCAUCUCUAUUGGCGAGGAGAACUUUGAGGUGAAAGCCGACGACCUGGAGCCCAUCUCCGAGCUGGGACGAGGUGCGUACGGGGUGGUGGAGAAGAUGCGGCACAUGCCUAGCGGGCAGAUCAUGGCAGUGAAGCGGAUCCGAGCCACAGUGAACAGCCAGGAGCAGAAGAGGUUACUGAUGGAUCUGGAUAUCUCCAUGAGAACGGUAGACUGCCCCUUCACUGUCACCUUCUAUGGGGCGCUUUUUCGAGAGGGAGAUGUGUGGAUUUGCAUGGAGCUGAUGGAUACCUCACUGGACAAAUUCUACAAACAUGUCAUUGACAAAGGCCUGACGAUUCUUGAAGACAUCUUAGGGAAAAUAGCCGUCUCUAUCGUAAAAGCACUAGAACACCUACACAGUAAGCUCUCCGUAAUCCACAGAGAUGUAAAGCCCUCUAACGUGUUGAUCAAUACACAGGGGCAGGUGAAAAUGUGCGAUUUUGGAAUUAGCGGUUACCUCGUUGACUCGGUUGCUAAAACCAUGGACGCAGGAUGCAAACCCUAUAUGGCUCCUGAAAGGAUUAACCCAGAGCUAAACCAGAAGGGAUACAGCGUCAAAUCUGAUAUCUGGAGCCUGGGAAUCACAAUGCGGGCGCGGGCUGUCUGGAGGUUCGGCGAGCUGCGUCGCAGCGCCGGCUCUCCCCGCGCCCGGGGAGACGCGCAGCUGCCCCCCUCCUUGAAGAAGAAUUCCAAAGAACGGCCAACAUACCCAGAGCUUAUGCAACAUCCUUUCUUCACCCUGCACGAAUCCAAAGAGACAGACGUCGCCUCUUUUGUCAAACUCAUCCUGGGAGACUGAGAACUGGACUUGUAAAUGAAUUGCCCUUCUGUGGACUGGUGGGUGCCGGGGAGGGGCGCGUGGCAGGACUUGUCAUGAAAGCACCAACAGAAAGUCGCCGUGUUUUGUUUUGUUUUGUUUUUAUUCUGAGAAACCCCCGCCUCUCCGAAGUUUUUAAAAGGGUUCUUUGGUAUCCAUAGUGACAUAGAACGAGCCGGUUAGUGAAAUGAAUUUUAAUAAGGUUGGUGACCUUAAAACAAGCGCAAAACAAGCCAACAAAAAUUUUAAGCGUGAUUUACAUAUUUAAUGACAGUUGAAAUCCCUCUUCCUAACUUGCUCCUCGACCCCCUUCCCUUCCUCCUGAACCGGAAUUUGCUUUGUCAUGGUAAUAGGUGCUAUGGUAGUCAUGAAGUUGUAUGUAGAUUUAUAUUUUGUCCCUUCCAUUAUUUUAAUAUUUAUGUUAAGUGCUUGAUGGAAUAGAUUUCUGUUUUAUAUGAGGAUGAAUGCGUGGUGACGAUGAUGAUGCUAAAUGAGGCCACAGCAAGCAGUAGUUGUAGGGCUUUGCUGGCGAAAAGGUGUCACAGGAAAAGAGGAAGAAGAGAAGUGUCUGUGUUGUGGAAAAUAUUUAAUGUGCAUCGUCAAAAAAAAAGUUUAUAAUCAAGGAUCUCAAUUCGGCUCCUCGAGCUGCCUUCGCAGGGGCACGGGGGAAGGCGCGGGCGUCCCGCGAGGUCGCCUCUCCUGCGGGAGACGGUGCCCUGAGCCUG